CCCCAUCCCUCGCUCCAAGUAUCCAUAGAACACAAUAACAUAUGGGGAGCAUUAGGCAUCUCGUUCUGGCCAAGUUCAAGGACGAGGCGGCGGUGGAGGAGCUGCUGCAAGGUUUGCAGAAACUCGUCUCGGAGAUAGACGUCGUCAAAUCCUUUGAAUGGGGAGAGGACGUGCUCAAGGACGAGAGGCUCGGCCAAGGCUUCACUCAUGCGUUCCUCUUGACCUUCGGGAGUGCCGAAGACCUUGCCACCUACAUAAAGCACCCCAGCCAUGUGGCAUUCGGGAAGGCAUUCCGUGCAGCCAUUGACAAGAUUCUGGCCAUUGAUUUCCCGGUGGUCACCAACGAGAUUAGCGCUUGAAGCCAUCACUAUGCCAUGAUUAGUUUGCAAGCAUAUGUCUACGUUGUCUCGAGUAUUAUUGUUGUCUCUGCCGUGUGUCAAAGGCUACGUAUUGAUAACGAUGAAGUUAUGUAGUAAACCGUGAAGUUAAUACAGAAUAAAACCUACCAUUGUCGUAUAA